AUGGCGGUUCACAGGGGGAACACUGAAGAGGCUGGAAGGCUACUGGGCAGCAAGAAUGUCCGUGUCAAUUGCUUGGAUGAGCAUGGCAUGACCCCUCUCAUGCACGCGGCGUACAAAGGGAAGGGAGACAUGUGCAAGUUGCUCUUGCGGCACGGAGCUGACGUGAACUGCAAUGAACACGAGCAUGGAUACACUGCCCUCAUGUUUGCUGGACUUUCGGGAAACAAAGAAAUCACCUGGAUGAUGUUAGAGGCUGGAGCAGAAACUGAUGUUGUCAACUCUGUGGGAAGGACAGCAGCUCAGAUGGCGGCUUUUGUGGGUCAACAUGACUGUGUCACGGUCAUCAACAACUUCUUUCCACGUGAAAGGCUAGACUACUAUACUAAACCACAAGGCCUGGAUAAAGAACCAAAGCUGCCAGUAAAGUUAGCUGGGCCUCUACAUAAAAUAAUCACUACUACUAACAUGCACCCUGUUAAGAUUGUGUUGCUGGUAAAAGAGAACCCUCUGUUGGCAGAAGUAGAAGCACUGCAGAAAUGUUACAGGGUACUGGAUCUGAUAUGUGAGAAAUGUAUGAAGCAGAGAGAUAUGAAUGAAGUGCUGGCUAUGAAAAUGCACUACAUCAGUUGCAUCUUCCAGAAAUGUAUUACGUUCUUAAAAGAGCGAGAAGACAAACUAGAUGGCUUUAUCAAAAGCCUCUUGAAAGGGAGAGAGAAAGAUGGUUUUCCUGUCUAUCAAGAGAAGCUUAUCCGGGAAAGCAUUCGGAAGUUCCCUUACUGUGAGGCCACGUUGCUCCAGCAGCUCGUGAGAAGUAUUGCUCCUGUUGAACUAGGUUCUGACCCUACUGCUUUCUCUGUUCUUACACAAGCAAUUACUGGCCAAGUGGGUUUUGUGGAUGCUGAAUUCUGUACAACCUGUGGGGAAAAAGGAGCAGACAAGAGAUGUUCAGUGUGUAAAAUGGUGAUGUACUGCGACCAAGACUGCCAGAAAAUACACUGGUUUACCCACAAAAAAGUCUGUAAGACACUGAAGGAAAUUCAUGAGAAACAAGAACUAGAAGCUGCCAAAGAAAAAAGGAAGCAAGAGAAAAAGCAAAAGAAAGAUGAAAUGCAACUAGCAGAGGUUAGUUCCACGGGUGAAGAACAGCCAGAUCCUGGCCCAGAUGUUACCAAAGAAGCGGAUCCAAAUCAUGCUGAUGACAGAAGGGAAGAAACGGAGCUUACCAAAGAGUCAGAGGCACAAGCCCCACGUCCUGACAGUCCAUUGGAAAGUGAGACUGGCUUAGCUGACAUUGCCCUUCAGAAAAUGCAAGAUUCCGAGGAGUAGAGCAGGAUAG